UCAAAUUUUUGUAUCAUUGUUAGCUGGGAUGUUGGCGGGGGUGUUGUGCGGCAUCGUUUCUCACCCUGCCGACACAAUAGUGUCUAAGCUUAAUCAGCGCAUUGACAGUGUCCAUGGCAAAGCUGGCACAUUUUGCCAUUUCCUGCGGGAUAUUGGGUGGCGAGGGCUAUGGAAAGGCAUUGGGCCACGUUUAUUUAUGCUGGCGACUCUCACAGGCCUUCAGUGGUUACUUUACGAUGGUUUUAAGGUGCUUGUCGGCUUUCCCACUACAGGAGGCGGCCAUGUUUUGGCAGGGAACACGGCACCUUCCUUGAAGGCCGCGUGA